GACUGCGUCGCGCCGUGUUGUGACGGUUGACGUCAUCGGGCAGCAUGGCGGUGCGCUUGGUCGCACGUGCGGCGGUCACGGGCCUGGGCCGGGCAGGAGGAGGCCGCAGCCUCCUAGGGCCCGCGGCGCUCCCCGUCCGCCGCCUCUGCAGGCCGUUGAGCGGCGCCAGCCCUUCGGACGAUGACCUCUACGAGAAGACGACGGUGACGAUGCUGCAGCGAGACUCGCCCAACACGAUCUUCGUGGACAGCUACGGCCUGCACGGGUUCACCGUCAACGGCAAUCGCGUGAUCGGUCCGUGCGCCAUCAUCCCCCAUGCCAUCAUCCAGUGGAACGUUGGAAGCUGGAAGGAUAUCAGUGAAGAAAGCUUAUCAUUGUUUUACCUUCUGGAGCCCCGAAUAGAAAUCCUCGUUUUGGGGACGGGUGACCGAGUGGAGCGUCUGGACGCGCAGCUGCUGCGCUUCAUGACACGGCAGGGAGUCGCCGUGGAGGUGCAGGACACGGGCCACGCGUGCUCCACAUUCAACUUCCUCGUCAACGAUCGCCGCCUGGUGGCUGCAGGACUCAUCCCGCCCACGAAGUUGGAGUGACCGCGGUCGACGUGCGGCAAGGGGGAGGCCAUGGGGAACCGCGGUGGCUAGGAGAUGUUAACUCCCUCGCCUGAUAUGCAGGCGGUCGUGGGUUCCAUCUGGGGGACCCUGCUGACGCCUGUUGUGUAUUUGGAGUUUGCGUGGAUCUCUCUCCCCGUGGCCACGUAGAUUUUCCUCCCGGUUCUCUGUUUUUUUCCCCCCUUACGUGUUAAUUUUUUUUUAUAUAGAACGCUGCAUCACGCUGUUGGUCUGCGCCAGGUUAAGUUUAAUUCGGGGGGGGGGGCAGGGCUAUUUAUAGUGUAUGGGGGCCCCCUCUUUGUAUUUUAAGUUAAUUCCCUUGACUGUUUUACCAACACCCAUGCCCCGGUGCCACACAGUUAUUUCAGUUCCGGUUUUUAAACAUUAAUGUACAAAUUGUUAAGCUAAAUAUAUCAAAGGUAAAAGGAACAAAACUAUUUUAAGUUUGGCAAAUAACUUGGAGUAACACAUAGCGAUACUUUGGCUCAAAUAACAAAAUUACACAACAAUCAUUAUAUAUCCGUAUAAUUUUUUGGGGUCUCUCAAAAGCGGAGGGCCCUGGUAGCAGCCUCGAACGGCCAGGACUGCGAUAAUCCGGCCCUGGCUGUGGUAUCCAACCUGGGCUUCAUUGUAAAGGAAACGAUCCUUCUGUGGAAUGCGGGAUAAUACAACUGUCGUUUAUUCGGAUAAAAAAAACACGGAUACACGUGUGAGUUAGGCUAUGAGGAGGUAUUCGUUGGUUACCUCUAUAAUGGGGGUGGGGGGGGGCGCGAAGACAAUGCAUCGUCUCAAUUUAUUGCUUCUCAAAGUCACGCGAUUCACUUGCCAACGUGUUUGCUGUCAUGUGGGCACCGAGUCGCUGACCCCCGACGAGUGUGGAGCGGCUGAUAGUUCAACCGGCGUGCGCGCAAAAGAAAUAUCUUUCACAAGCACGGUUCAUUCACAACCCGGAUAGUCUGCCCGCGGGGUGAUCGACAGUUGAAGCAUGUGUGCGGGACGUCGCGUUUAUGAAAAUGUGCGGCGUUGGCAGCGCGCUGUGUGCGUGUCGAUUUGAGCCGUCGAAACGCCGCGCGGUAGCGUGUGCCGAAUGUUUACGACCCGAAAAAAAGCGACAACUGUGAACGGUGCAGGAGUCUCGGGGAAUUUUGCGGUCUAUGGAUGGAACAAGUCAAAGGAGCUCUUCUCUGGACGAUGUUUUACUUUGAAACGAGGAGGAAAUGGAGGUGAUUAAAAUAUCUCACGCCACACGA